GUGGCAUUGCUCGUGUGGUCGCGUGGUCGCUCUCUCUCUCUCUCCCUCUCUCGCAUUGUGGUGAACCAUGUCCAAUGGAGCGCCUCCAUGGCCACAAUCAUCGAUGGGGCCCAUGCUGCGGAGACGGCACGAGGCCGUGAACCCUGCAUUUGGGAACGACGCAGCUCCUCGAGAAGGCUCUCUAUUGGAGAGAACAAUCAAGCAGUUGGAUGUUUAUGCCAGGGUAGAUGAGGAUCUACAGGUGCGUACAGAGGCGGGGGCUGCCGUCACCAUUGGAUUCUGGGUGCUCAUGGUGGUGCUUUGCGUCGGGGAGGUCCAGGCGUAUCGGAAAGUCCAGGCCCCUACCGAGCGAGUGGUGGUUGAUUCGAGCAUGGGCCAGAAGCUCCGCAUCAACAUCGACAUGACGUUUCAUUCAAUCCCUUGCCUGGAUGUUCAUGUGGAUGCCAUGGACGUGGCGGGCGACAAUCAAAUAGAUAUCGACCAUGGUAUGUGGAAGCAGCGACUAGACCCGGACGGUUCGGCAAUUGGGGAAGCCUUCAUGGAGGUGCCUGGCGAGGUGGAUGAUGACCCAGCACAAUCACUACCAGAGGACUAUUGCGGGAGCUGCUUCGGGGCGAAGAAGGGAUGCUGCAACAUGUGCCGGGACGUAGUAGACGCUUACACAGCCAAGGGGUGGUCUGUGCAGGACAUCAGAAGGACGGCGGAGCAGUGUAUCCGUGACAACCAUAUUGAGACUCCAAUCGUGAACGGGGAAGGCUGCAACCUGUCGGGAUUCAUGUCCGUCAACAAGGUGUCUGGUAAUUUUCACGUGGCUACGGGCGAAGGAGUCAUGCGAGAAGGGAGGCAUGUCCAUUUGUAUACCUUGGAACAAGCGGUGGGUUUCAACACUAGCCACAGCAUCAACCUUCUUUCUUUCUGGGAGCCGUACCCGGGAAUGAAGCCGAACCCGCUCGACAGAACUUCGAGGAUAAUCGAUGAAGACGUCGGCACCGGCGCUUUCCAGUACUACAUCAAGCUGGUGCCCACGAUGCACUCGCUCAGUCCGCAGUCGGAAGCGAGUGGAAGUCCGUUGCCGAAGGGUAAAGGGGAGGAGGCAGAGCGGCAGCAGCAAUCGAGCCUCACCAGCCAGUUCACGUACACGUACAAGUUUCGGUCGCUGAAGGGCUUGACGGAGUACCAUACGGAUCAUGAAGAGGGAGAGGAGCAGGCCAAGGAAGCGGAGAAGGGAUUGACGCAGGAUGGCGGGGUUAACUCCAUUGUGAACUCGGCGCUACUGCCAGGGGUAUUUUUUGUGUACGACGUAUCGCCGUUCAUGGUCGAGGUCGUUCCAGCGGAGCAGCCGCCGUUCUCGCAUCUUUUGAUCCGACUCUGCGCGGUUGCCGGGGGAGCUUUCGCCAUCUCAGGAAUUGUGGAUUCGGCCGUAUUCCACCUAUCCAACCGGUUGCGUCGGCACGGUGUUCUCGGGAAAUAGAAUUGAAAGUGACCUUGAAGCGCGACCACGUACCACCC